AUGGCUCCAAAUCGAUCCAACUCGAUGGACCGGCCGGGAUCGGGCAACUGCUCGAUCAUGGAAGUCGGCUCAGGGAUUCUUGCUCUGUCGUUCGCGAUCAAAGAGAGUGGGUUCGGAUUGGGCAUUGUACUCUCAGUGGCAGUGGCGAUAUUGACCUGGUUCGCACUCUACAUCCUGAUCAUAUCUGGAAAGAAGAUCAACGUCUACAAGUACGCGAUUCUGUGCGAGGCGACAAUGGGCAGGUUUGGAUUCUACCUGCUCAACAGUGUCAUCUUCUUCCAGACAGCGGGAGCCUGUAUCACCUACAUGAUCGUCAUUGGCGAUACUAUUCCUGUUGUUCUUGAUAUCCUGGGCUUUGAGGUCUCGAGGCGAUGGAUCAUCUUUGUCUCUUCGCUUCUCUUUAUCCUCCCAUUGCUAUUUUACAGAUCGAUCGGAUCUUUGGCAAGGGUAUCGAUGGUCUCAGUCAUGACCCUUCCCCCAAUCCUGUUCGCCGUCGCCGUUCGAGGCAUGUACUAUGCCCCCGAACAUAAGCGGUCGUAUGACUUUGUCGGUAAAAAUGUCUUCCCCGCCAUCGGCGUCAUGGCCUUUGCCAUGCUCUCCACUCAGACGGCAUUUUUGAACUUUACGACGAUGGCACAGCCGACACGCAAGGCAUGGGGUCAGGCGACAGGAAUUGCAGUCUCGCUCUCGUGGUUGAUCUCUUUUGUGUUUGCCAUCAUUGGAUUCGUGUCUUUUGGCGAGGACGUCCAACCCAACAUCUUCAACUCUUUCCCCCUGACUGAUGGGCUUAUCAACUUUGGACGUGGGCUUCUGGGCUUUUCCAUGUUCUUGACCUUCCCCCAGGCUUUUUACCCGGCACGCGCAGCAUUGCACAAAGUCCUAGGCCACGAAGACAACCACAUUAUCCCCACCGACAAUGAACACUUCUACACCACCCUGGCACUCUUCUUCCCCAUCCUCGUCUGUGGUGUCUUUAUUGCAGACCUCGGACUCCUCUACCAGCUGAUUGGAGGAUUCUGUUCGACCUUCCUCGCCUACAUUAUUCCUGGCGCGUGCUACUUCUUGAUCUUUUGGAGGAAGGAUCCUUCGAGCUUGAGGAGGCUUUCGAAACCCCCUUCCUCGAGUGAUUCUCUGGAGAGCGAGGCUGGUGGGGCAGGAGAGCAUGGACGCGAGUCGCGGUAUGAGGAUGGUGAUGUCGACUCGUUGGAGAAUAUUGAGGAGGAUGGCAACAAUGAUGAGGAUGAGGAAGAAAGGAUCUUGAAACAAAAGUUGGCUCAGGAUAAAAAGUCAGAGCUCGGUUUGGAGGAGGAAGGAAGGAAUAUUGCCCGUCAACAUCGUCCUACACUCACAAACGACAGCGCGACAGCUUCGACACCCAUCCUGGACAGGCACCAAUUGAACUACGGGUCUACUGGCGCGUCUGAAUACUCUUCAUCCGACCUCCAAAGUACCAACUACGCGACCAUCAGUAGGAGGGAGAGUGCGGGUGAACGCAAGACAGAGUUGUGGUUGGAUGUUGGAGCGGGGAUCUUGUUGGUCUUUGGGGUGUUUGUGAUGAUCAUCUCAACUACCAUAACCCUCAAGAAGAUGGCUGGCUAUAUGUAA